AUGGCAACGCCGAGCAGCGUCACAUUUCAUUCUGCUCCAACCGCUGACAAUCCCUUCGCGUGGGACAUUCCAGAUUCCAAUGGAAAUUUUCCAACCUCUCCCUAUGACGAGUUGGAGGUCCUGAACUGGUACACGUCCAUUCAUUAUGCCGUGACCAUAAGUGUUGGGGCUAUUUUGGUGCCCUGCAUGAUCUAUAUGGUUCUAUUCCAUACGACUGGUGCAUUAUUGCCCUACAAGAAGCUACUCCUCGUUUGCUCCAUGUCAGACUUUUUCUUUUGGUUGUUGGACAGCUGCGGACAGUUGGUAUGUCUUUUCAACGAUGAAGUAGAUUAUUUUAGCCUCUGUAGAAAGUCAGGAUGAUCGACGGCGUUUUCGUGGGGACAGUCACAGGCCCUGCUAAACUGUUGCCUCGUUGGGGCCAGCUUUUAGCGGCCUCGUUGGGCGUGAGCUUGGUUUGUUUCACGAAUGCGACACUUCCUGCCCAGUCGUUCUAUCGCUACUACGCGUUGACCAGGUGAGGAAAGACCUUGAUGAAAAUUGGGCUCUAAUCUAAUGAGGGGCAUGCGCAAAACUCUUUAUCAAAUUUAAGCGUUGAUAAUCUCAGCAUUAUAGAGGGAAGACUUGCGACAAGUUAAAAACAACUCUGAUUUUGGCUUUUCCUUUCGUCGUUAACAUUGUUCCCUUUGUCUUGCUCUACAUCAGUUUCUUUGAGUCUCCGAAAGUCCGGCCCGGCUACAAUUACGCCACUCUUUGGUUCAAGGAGUACCCAUUGCCUCUUCUACUCAUACUAGACACCGUAAGUCCAAAAAUCGCUUACGAUGUUCUUCUUUUCUCAUUGUCACGAUUAAUUUUAUGUUGUCGGUGUUAUGUCUAUGUUUUAGCGCUCCUCCUGGGACAUGGCGUUUAUUGCGACCGCCGGUCUUCAGAUAACGUUUGGCUACCUGGCCACUGUGUACUUCAGCUACAAGACGUGGAGACAACUCUGCGUUUACGCCGACAAAUACUCGCCAAAGACGAAGGUACUGCAAGCCCAGUUGGCUCGGUUCCUGUUCUUUCAGGUAAGAAUAAUUUGUGUGAAAUUGUCUUCACACACAAGCUACUCUUAAAUGCUUUACGACUCUAACAAGGGAAUUCACUUUUUUCGCAGACGGACUUUGGAACGGGACCUAGUAGGUUUCAAACGUGAAGCGUCUGCGAUCAUAGAUUUCCAAAAGUGUUUACGGGGCUUCUCGGCCGAGAAAAUCGACCGCAAAGCUUAGCCGGAAUGAGCGAAUAUCCGCCUCCUCAAAAGAAACGGUUUGUUUCAUCUGCAGUGGUGGCCGAGUGGUCAGUGCGCUCGAUUUUUGCGCCAGAAGAGGCGGGUUCGAUCCUAUUGUAAGCUAUAUUUUAUUUAGGUGAUGAUUCAGCUGACCACUUCGAUUGUCCCGGCUUCCCUUCUUGCCGCAAGCGCACUCCUUCGUAUAGACGGAGGAAUUUCGACAACUGUUUCCGUCACCUUGGCCAGCUGGAUCCCCAUUCUAAACUCGCUUCUAACAAUCACUGCUAUUGUGCCUUAUCGUCGAGUGCUCAAGGGAUGGCUAUGUCAUGUGUUACAUAAUGCAAAAAUUUUGUCCACUGUUCCGUCAACGGUUGUUCCGGUUAAUUCAAAAAACGGUUAA